AUGGUCCACCUUACCCCGGCCCUCUUGCUCGCCAGCGCGGCCUUUGCCGCUGCCGCCCCUGCUUCUCAAAUCUUUGAGCGCCAAUGUUCCGUGGCCGGCAACUAUCCCACCGCGGCCGUCUCCAAACUUCCCGACCCCUUCACCACCGCGGCCGGACAAAAAAUCACGACCAAAGCCGACUUUGACUGCCGCAAGGCCGAGAUCAGCAAGAUCCUCCAGCAGUACGAACUCGGCACCUACCCCGGCAAGCCCGACAAGGUCGAGGGCUCCCUCUCCGGCAACACCCUAACGGUGCGCAUCACCGUAGGCAGCCAAACCGUGUCCUUUUCAGCCUCCAUCAAGAAGCCCUCCUCAGGCAGCGGUCCGUUCCCAGCCAUCAUCGGCAUCGGCGGCAUCUCGAUUCCGAUCCCCAGCACCGUGGCGACCAUCACCUUCCCCAACGACGACUUUGCCCAGCAAUCCGGCACCUCCUCGCGCGGCAGGGGCAAGUUCUACACGCUGUUCGGCAGCUCGCACUCGGCCGGCGCCCUGAUAGCCUGGGCAUGGGGCGUAGACCGCCUCGUCGACGCACUUGAACAGGUGCAAUCCACCUCUGGCAUCGACCCGAAGCGCCUCGGCGUCACGGGCUGCAGCCGCAACGGCAAGGGUGCCUUCGUGGCAGGAGCCCUCGUCGACCGCAUCGCUCUCACCAUCCCGCAGGAAUCCGGGGCAGGCGGCGCAGCCUGCUGGCGCAUCAGCGACUCUGAGAAAUCCGCGGGCAAGAAUAUCCAGACGGCGUCGCAGAUCGUCACGGAAAACGUGUGGUUCUCGCCCGCUUUCAACGCGUACACGCGGCAGACGACGAAUAUCCCCGCGGACCACCACAUGCUGGCGGCGCUGACGGUGCCGAGGGGGCUGAUUGCGUUUGAGAACGAUAUCGACUGGUUAGGUCCCGUGUCGACGACGGCGUGCAUGCAGGCGGGACGGCUGAUUUACAAGGCGUAUGGGGUGUCGAAUCACAUGGGAUUUUCGUUGGUGGGCGGACAUGGUCAUUGUCAGUUUCCGAGUAGUCAGCAGAGCGAGCUGACGAGCUAUAUUAAUUAUUUCUUGCUGAAGGCGGGGACGGCGCCGGGAGCGGUGGAGAGGAGCUCGGCGAAGGUGGAUUUGAAGAGUUGGGCGCCGUGGGAUGUGCCGGCUUUGUCGUAA